CCUCCUCCCCGGGCCACCACCGUAGUCAGGGUGGCUCCUCCAGCGCACAACCGAUUCUUGACUUCACAAUACGACGCCAUGGCAGACACUUCGCAAUGUUUUAUUGCAAAAAGGAGGCGAUGACCAAGACUUUCAAACGCUGCGGGCGGUGCCUCGGCGCGCUGUACUGUAACGCUGACUGCCAGAAGAAAGACUGGCCAGGUCACAAGGAGCUCUGCGGUGACUCGGAUCGGUGGUAUGACAAGUACCGCGGGUGUCGCGAUGGUUCCAUGCACGAAGGCAGACUGGAGCUCAUAACAUGGGAGUACACCGAUCCCCAGACUAAAGAUCGUAUGGGUUGGGGAAACGUCAUCAUUGAGGAAGCCGAGGAGAUGAAGCGCAAGUUCCAGGUUGACUACAGAGGGAAGAAGUCCCUCUUAUUCAAGAAGUGGCCGCAGGCAUUCCGCUGGACCUGCUGCGGCACGGACGGGGGCAUGAAUUGGGGAUGCGACCACCAUGGAAGUGGAAGCAGGCCGUGCACUUGCGACUUCUGCCGCAUGGGCAAGCCGCUCCCUGACAGCAUUUAUCGCGAGCAGUCGGGCACACGCAUGGGCCUCAAACUCAGGCGCGGCCCUGAUUCUCGCUCCUUCAACCCGGCGCUGGCGGCUAUGGCAGUGAAAGGUCGUUCGGCGUUCGGACUCGAGAUGUGACGAGGCUGCGAGCUCUUAUUUCUUCGUUACUUCCAAUGCAAACUAACUAGUCGCGACUUCACAAGAGUGUCAUGCCAAGUACUGCGUACGGCCCAGUAUGAACAUUGACGAUCAGGUUCUCAGGCCGUUUAGCAUCCUCACCUCAACAUUGACACCUGAGCAUGUCUCGUGGAAUGGCUGACACAUGUCAAGCAACAGUUCAAUUCAAGC